UGUUUUUUUUUUUGUUUUUAUAUUUAUUGAUUGAUAGCUAUUUUUUGUGAUUAGAAUGAGAGCUUUCUUUCUUGCUUUCUUCUUUUCAAAAUCUUUGGCAUUUUUAGGUGAAUUGGUUAAUUUAUUUGAGUGGUGUGGAGAUGUUACAGAUUUAGUUCCUGAUUUGAUUAAGGCUCUUCAUAGAGCCUAAGUUUGCUCUGAUUAGCUUGAUUUACUGAAGUAGAGAGGAAUGUAUCUCUGUGAGUACGAAGAGGGAAGGUUUUGAUUUUCGAUUUAGUAUUUUAAUAUACUAAUGUAGUAGUGUCUUCGACCAGUGUAUUGAAAGCGAUGGAAAAAGUUAUCGAUCAUUGCAUUUAAUACACCAUUUUAGCAUUAUGACUGUAAGUGUUGCACGAACCAAGCGACCCCAGUCGUAAAAAAAAUCCUACUGCUCACUAUGAAUUCGGUGCCAAUUUUAUUGACCCAAAUUUGAUGCUUAUUGGGAGGGUGUUGACUGAUGGUAGAUUCAAUGCAAGAGUGAAAUGGGAUUUGACUGACAAUCUUACUGUGAAGGCUAAUGCUCAGCUCACAAAUGAGCUCCAUAUGUCACAUGGCAUGUUCAACUUUGAUUACAAGGGUAGAGACUUCAGGUCUCAGUUUCAAUUAGGAAAUGGUGCCUUAUUUGGAGCUAGUUAUUCCAGUGUCGCACCACAUUUAUCCUUGGGUGGUGAAGUAUUUUGGGCUGGUCAGCACCGAAAGUCGGGCUUAGGUUAUGCUGCCCGAUAUGAAACAGAAGAUGGUUUGCUUCAGCUUUAAGUUUUCUGUUUGUUUGUUCAUGGGAGAGUAGAAAUCAAAGCGAUCAUUGGAUAUGGGUUUAAUUUUCUCUUCGGGGUCUAGGCCGAGUCAGGAACCUGUUGAAAAUGAGGUAAUUAUAGGGUCAGGACGAGAUCGGAUAGGAUCAUCUGUGGGAAGUGUUUAUCAAUGGCCUCAGAAUUCCAGGAAUUCUGGCGUAGACAACACUCGUACCGAACCACCACAGUCGUCGGCCAAGCCGACUCUAUGGCUUCCGAGUCCACCUUCAUCGAUGAAAACAUCUUCAUCGUUCACAACCCGAGAACCACCUUCACCACCUAAAUAUCGGAUGCCGUCUAAACCAUCCAUACCGACUCUGAAACAAUUGUCUUCAUCUACUAAGCCGAAUCCAACCCCUAAGCCAACUCUAUCCUCUCUGCCUUCUAGUUCGACCACACGACAAGGGGAAGGAAUGUACAAGCUGGGCGAUCCGAAGGAUAAAUUACCUAUUUACAUGAUUCCAGCCGUACCGACCCCAAAACUGUCGUCUUCAUCUACUAAGCUGAAUCCAUCCCUUAAGCCAACACUAUCCUCUCUGCCUUCUAGUUCGACCACACAACAAGGGAAAGGAAUGUACAAGUUGGUCGAUCCGAAGGAUAAAUUACCUAUUUACAUGAUUCCAGAGGACAUCAAGGACUUGAUUAAGAGAGACAUUGUGCCCGACGUUCUGAAAAAACCAUCGUCUCCCUCAACGUACAAAGAUUACUUUGCAGCUCUUCUGUACGCCGAAGAUUACUAAAUGGAAUCUGAUUCUAUCCAUUUGUAUAAUUUGAUGAUUUCUGGUUGGAGAAUGUAACUUUGCAGUUGCAACCAGCAUCAAUCGAUCAAAAGUCUGGACGAAAUAAGCAUUCAGAGAUGGAUGAUAAAACUUUUUGUGGUAUUUAAGCUGGAUUCUCUUUCUAAGACACAGCGGCCGUAUAUUCUGUCGAGGGACUUCGUCUUUGCAAAACGGCUAGGCAAAGAAAUCGAGCCAUUUCAGGGAGUUAUAUAUAGGGUGCAAAAGAGUGAGACCGUCCUAGUCGAAUUCGGAGAUGAGUUCCAUUCUCAGCAUGCUUCAUCCUGCAGAUAUAAUAUCCGGUUCUCAUUCAAUAGAGUCUGCUUGAAAAGGGCUCACCAAGCAGUUGCAGCUGUGUCCCCGUCUUUGAUCGGGAAGUUCCUUUUCCCCAACUCUAUCUCCCAACAUCCUAUGCGUAUCUCAGAAUGUUUUAAUUUUUACAACCAAGAUCUUGAUCAGGAUGAAAAGUUCGCUGUUCAUCGUAUUUUGAAUGUUCGAGGCCCUCCUCCGUUCUUAGUAAAGGGCACUCUCUGUGCAACGAACAAUGGUUAUUCUGAAUCCUUUUCAAAGCGACUUUCAAGAACUGGACUGGUUGUUAUAGAAGCGGUACUGCAAAUUUAUCUACGCCAUCCACAGUCAAAGAUCCUUGUCUUUGCACCUACAAAUAUCACAUGCGAUGUGCUAACGAGAUGCUUGAAAAUGGAAAUUCCACAGUCCGAUAUAUUCAGAGCCAAUGCUACAUUCAGAGAGUUCGAGGAGGUCCCUAUUGAUAUCCUCUCAUCCUGCCUAUACAAAACAGAAGCUGAAUGUUUCAGUUGUCCUUCGCUCCGAGAGCUAAAGGAAUUCCGAGUAAUAUUUUCAACUUUUACGAGCAGCUAUCGCCUGUACACUGAAGGCAUACCUGCCGGACAUUUUAGCCAUAUCUUCAUGGUGGAUGCUUCUUCAGCCACUGAACCUGAGACGAUGGUGGCAUUGGCAAACUUGGCUGAUGAGAGUACAACCCUGAUAGUUACUGGUGCACCCGGAAAUCGUUCAAGCACUGUCCGUGCAGAUAUUGCAAGGGAGAAGGGACUGAAAAUAUCUUACUUCAAAAGGCUUUCGGAGCAUAGUUCGUACAAGAAUAGCAAUUCGAUGUUCAUUGCACAGCUCAAGGAAAAAGCCUAGGUGCCGGGGGAGAAAUGCAGGGGAACAAAUGAACAAGGCCAAAAAAAUCACUUCAAAGACUACAAGAAGCUGAAAACUAAAAUAUAGUUGUGAAUUUGUGUGAUAUUUCUUUCUUGGAACACUUCUGUCUACUUCCCAUAUUAUAUAA